UAUCGAUGAAUCGAUCAAAUAUGUUCACGUGACAUCCAUGUGUAGUGUGUACAUUAUAGCAAUGUUAGCAAAAAUGUGUGUAAAUAGAACGUUGCUAAAAGCUCAGAUAGAAAAACGGCCUAUGUCAUGAAAUAAUCUGCGCGCAGCCUCGUGGUUCAAUAGCAUUCAUAUUUCGACAUAGGUACCACCACACCAACAACUGACUUGUUUCAUCGCAAGGAAGGUUAAGCCGGUAAAUAAAACUUCAUUUCAUUGCUGUUGGUAUAUCGUGUUUAAAUGUCUUGGAUACGAGAGAAAGGCCUAAAUCUUUUGGAAAUGGUAUGUGUGGACAUUGUCAAAUAUGGGGGUGUGCCGAAGCACGUUGCGUUUAUAAUGGAUGGAAACAGAAGGUUCGCAGAAAAAACUAAAGUGAAGAAGAUAGAAGGACACACAAAAGGAUUUGACAAGUUAGCAGAAACUCUGCAAUGGUGUUUAGAACUUGGCAUUCCAGAAGUUACAGUUUAUGCAUUUAGCAUAGAAAACUUUAAAAGGACGGCAGAGGAAGUUGAGGGACUAAUGGAUCUUGCAAGGCAGAAAUUCAGACGGCUGUUGGAUGAGAAAGAGAAGUUAAUGGAACGUGGUGUUCGAAUCAGAGUCAUUGGAAAUUUGACACUCCUCCCUACUGAUCUUAAAGAUUUGAUGCAAGAGGCCAUGCUUGUUACGAAGGAUAACAGCAAAGCAUUCCUAAAUGUGGCUUUUGCAUAUACAGCUCGAGAUGAAAUGACAGCAGCUGUAAAGCACAUAGUAUCCAAUGUGGAAAAGGAGAUGUUUUUGCCAUGUGAAGUGGACCACAAGAUGAUUGGGGAGUGUCUUUAUACAAAUGGAAGCCCAGACCCCGAUUUACUGAUAAGAACAUCAGGUGAAGUGAGAUUCAGCGACUUCCUUCUCUGGCAGAUCUCAAGUUCCAGUGUAUAUUUUACAAAUGUUCUAUGGCCAAACUUUAGCAUAUGGAAUAUGCUAGCAGCAGUAUUGUAUUAUCAAAGGCAUUCCCCUAGUUUAGUUGGUGUAAGAACUGCAGAAAAGAAAAUAAAUGUAGGUGACUCUAAAAGUGUGGAAUUUUUUGGAGGAGUCUUUAAUGUACAAAAUUCAUCACUGGUAGCUGCUAGUAAUAUAUAAGUCUAUCAAGGAUUAGAUGUGGUUACCUCUUUGAUAAAAAUUUUAUUCAAACAAUGUUUUUCACUAAACAGUGAACUUCUGUUGUAAUUGCUAUCCUGUAAUUUUACGAGUGGUGUAAUUUGGAAUGUGUAUGUUCAAGAUAAUCAUUACUUCACAAAAACAUAAUUUAUUGAACUGUAUGCCUAAGAUGUUGUGUUAUUUAAUCAUUUACAUUUAUUUGUCAAGUUAUUAAAAAGAAUGAGCCAUA